GCAGUUUAGUCACAUUGAAGGCGAGACGGAGGGUGCGUGUGCCGCAUUCUCCUGCGUCUGUGAGUGGUUUCCUUAAGGGGACGCUUCGUUCAUUACCUUCCUGUGUCAACGAACCUCGCUAGGGGUAAUUUUUUUCUGUGCCUGGUCAGUGUGCGAGUGAGUGGUGCCGAGAGAAACACCCAACAUAAGGUACCACCUCUCCCACACACGCCGGAGGAUUUAUAAGCGCAAGGUGUUCCUGGUCCCAUCCCAACACAUUCCUGGUGGUGGUGGUGGUGGUCUUGAGAGGCCGUGCUAGCGAUGUGGCGGUGGAGGACAGUGUUUGUGACCGCGUGCUUGGUUGGCUUGGCGGCGGUGGAAGGCCUAGAGCAGAAAACCUUCCAAUGCUCCAUCACCUCCUUCGCCUGCCGGGGCUCUGAGGAGAAGUGCAUCCCGCUGGCCUGGAAGUGUGACAACGUGAAGGACUGUCACGAUGGCAGCGACGAGGAUCCGUUACUGUGCCCAGCCAAGCCAUGCUACAAGACGGAACUUCGGUGCAACAGCGGCAAGUGCAUCCCUGAGCGCUGGAAGUGUGAUGGAGAGCCAGACUGUGAUGACCAAUCAGAUGAGAACCCAGAGGAGUGUGCCCAAAUGUGUGGUGGGGAUGGGAGCAGAGAGCGGUGGGAAUGUGGCUCUGGCCAGUGCAUCCCACUGGACUGGCGCUGUGAUAAUGAAGUAGACUGUGAUGAUGACACUGAUGAAAAAGACUGCCCCUAUGCAACUUGCACCUCGGAACAGUUCACCUGUGCCUCAGGGAAGUGCAUCUCCAAGCGGUGGCACUGUGAUGGCGACAAUGACUGUGGUGAGAAUGACGCCUCAGAUGAAGUCAACUGUCCUAAUGAAACCUGUUCCAUAAACCAGGUCACUUGUCCUGAUGCAUCUUGCAUCGACAAGAGCAUGAUUUGUGAUGGCAUUGAAGACUGCAUCGAUGGAUUAGACGAACACGAUUGUCCCAACAACACUUGUCGUGCAGAUGAGUACGCCUGCCUGGGGGGCUUCCCCUGCAUCCGCCGCGAUUGGUUGUGUGAUGGGGAUGCUGACUGUCGGGAGGGCGAUGAUGAGGGACAGGAGAUGUGCCUCACCCACUGUCCUGAAGGCAUGUUCAUGUGUGGGGAUCAGUCCUGCAUCAAUGAGCACCUCAAGUGUAAUGGCUACCCAGAGUGCUCCGAUGGACUUGACGAGCAGAAUUGCUCUCCAUCAUGUAAUGAAACGGAUGAAUUUGACUGUGGCGGCCACUGCAUACCCAUGCAGCUGGUCUGCAACGGCAACGACGACUGUGGCAAUUCCAAAGAUGAGCCAACCGAUGGUACCUGCGGCAGGAAUGAGUGUGAAAAUUACAAUGGUGGCUGCAGCCAGGUGUGCGUUGACACCCCAGCCGGCCACUACUGCAAGUGUAACAAGGGAUUCAUGCUCAUAAACAGCACUCAGUGUGAUGAUAUUGAUGAAUGUUUGGAGCCUGGCAUCUGCUCUCAAGUUUGCCGCAACUUCAAGGGAGGUCACAAGUGUGAGUGUGUGCGUGGGUAUGCCCGGGACCGUCACAACCACAGCCGCUGCAAGGCCAUGGAGGGACACGCCUCUCUCCUCUUUGCUCACUUUACAGAUAUCCGCAAAAUAUCCCUGGAUCACCAGGAAAUUACUGCUAUAGUGAAUGAAACAAAGGGAGCAACUGCACUUGACUUUGUGUUCAAGACUGGCAUGAUAUUUUGGACAGAUGCAAAAGACAAGCGCAUUUAUAAGGCACCAAUCGAUGAAGGCAGCAAGAAGGUGGUGGUUAUUUCCAAUGAUGUCACAACUGUUGAUGGCUUGGCUGUGGACUGGCUGUACAACCACAUCUACUGGACCAACACAGACACCGACACUAUUGAGGUGGCAGACUUCAACGGGGACAUGAGGAAGACGCUGAUCAGGAGUGUGCUGGAGGAGCCUCGAGCCAUUGCUGUGUACCCAUCAGAGGGCUGGAUGUUCUGGACUGACUGGGGACAGCAAGCCAAGAUUGAGAGAGCUGGUAUGGAUGGAAAGCUAAGGGAGGCUAUUGUGACAAGAGGGAUCCGGUGGCCCAAUGCCCUCACUCUGGACCUGGUGCUGCGGAAGGUGUACUGGUGUGACUCAAAGUUCCACUCCAUCUAUUCUGCAAACUUUGAUGGAUCAAAUCGCAGGACCGUUCUCCACUCCAGUGAGUACCUUCCCCACCCAUUCUCCAUCACACUGUUUGAGGACACAAUGUACUGGACCGACUGGCGCAAAGAAGCCAUCUUCCGAGCAAACAAAUUCACAGGGAAGGACAUCGACACCAUAGCUCCUUCACAUGCGACGCCGAUGACAGUUCACGUGUACCAUAGCUACAGACAGCCCAAUGGUACCAAUCACUGCACCCCCUUGAAUGGUCUGUGCACCCAUCUGUGUCUGCCAGCCCCUCAGACCAACGAGUCAACCUGUAAAGUGACCUGUGCCUGCCCGGAUGGCCUGGUCCUCAUGUCAGACGGAUUGACUUGUGAGAGUGAAGGCGAUUCACAACCCGAUUCACAACCCGAUUCACAUCCUUACCCUGUGAGUCACCUUGAAACGACAGCCUCUACCGAUUCACAACCCGAUUCACAACUUAACACGGUGAAUCACCCUGCCACGACGACCCUUACCAAUUCGCAACCUAGCACAGUGAAUCACCCUGAAACGACAGCCUCUGCUGAUUCACAACCCGAUUCACAACCUAGCACAGUGAGUCAGCCUGACAUGCCUGCUCCUACCGAUUCAGAACUCACCUCAGAACCUACCCCUCUGAGCCACCCUGCCACGCCUGCACCUACUGCUACAUUACCCUAUAGCCCCACAGAGGAGCUGAGCAGCACAGUGCUGACAGAGGUUCAGGAGGCGCCGCCCCACGAGAGUGUGACUGAGGGGGAAAGCGAUGAAGGCAGCGUAGCCAUCGCCGCCAUCCUGGCAGCCCUCGGCGUGCUGUGUGUGGCGUCUGCACUUGCUUACGUCAUCUACCGGUACUUCCGCAAACGUUCGGUGCACAGCAUGAACUUUGACAAUCCAGUGUACAAGAAGACAACCACUGAGGAUGGCUUCCACCUGGCCGGGCAGCAGCGCAACGCCUGCUCCCGGGCGACCUCAGGAGGGCCACAGUACCAGCACCGGCAGUACGGCGUUACAUCUCCAGAAGACUCACUGGAGCCUCUCACAAAUGGCAGCAACAACUUUGUGUGAGGCUGAGGAACGUGGGACCUGCAUGGGGCUCCAGCCUCCCCUCACCCUGACUCAUCAUGUGCCAAAUGGCCAACACAGACUCCAUAUGAUACAUACAAAUAUAUAUUUUACUGAUUUAUGAUGAGAUUGGCAAGUGCAGCCAUAGAAAUUCAUCUUUUAGAUUGGAUUUUCUGGUUUCAAAAUAGUCUAGAUGAGUGAGCAAGUCUGUAAUUGAGAGGAAGAUGUGUGUGACAUGUCAAGCAGCAACUGAGAGUGUGGAGAAGUCUGAAACCUUGCUCCUCACGGACAAAUGAGUAAAAUACUUGAUACAGGAACUAGAAUUCUUAUGGUAGUAGAGAUCUGCUAUCAGUGUAGCACAAGAAAUGUUUGCUGGGUAGUGAGAGGCUGGCACUGAAGGCCUCAGCUGAACAGAGACCAAUUGAAGGCAUUAACCUUUGCACUUCUUAUAGCCAAAGAAACCACAUUGAACUAUUGGUAGUCCACAGGUGCACCAGGUGUGAGACAGAGGGCACCAUGUGGUGGGCUGAUCAGUAGCCUGGGGUCUGUGGUCUGUGGUGUGGCCUGUGCUGGUGUGGCUGGGCAAGCUAGUGUGACUGUGUAAUGUGUUCCAUGCUCACAAUCUACUUGCUGAAGUAAUUCUCCAGAGUUGCCAUUUUUACAAUUAAUGCCCUGUACAUGAGUUCCCUCAAGUCUUUUUGUAUAUAUACAUACAUAUACAGUAAUUACAUAUAGGAAAGGUAUCACGCUUCCAUUCUUUGUUACAAGAAGCCAGUUGUACAAUAACUACCAUGCAUAAACUCAUUGCCUGUAUGUCAGUCAUAAGUAUUAACAAAAUUAUGUGCAUCAUUUUGUGGUUUUGUGAAGAUUAAUAGUUUGAUUUUUCAAUCAGGAGGAAAUCUGCCUGUCAGAGGAAAAGUACAUGGAUAUCUUUGUAAGCUAACUAAUGACUUGGAGGAAAUGUUAACACAGAAAUGGUAUCAAUCUGGAAUUACCAUCCCAGGAGCCUCACAGUCUCGCCGGGUGUGAGGGUGUGUGGCACGUGCAGUUCUGUUCUGAUGAGUACAAAGGCAUUUUGAGUAUUCUCCUGUUUAAGAGUUCUUCAAUGUUACUUUUAGACAGUCAUCAUGGUUAGUAUUGUGCUUGUGACUUCCCUUCAGAAUUUCAGUCAGUUAGCUAACAUCAUUUAAUUCAAAUUAAUUCAGAUGAAUCAAGGUAACAAAAAAAGAAAUGGAGCUGAAAAUAGGAAGCUAGAUCUGAAUCUUAGCAGGUGAUAUUUUUUAUAUGAAUUAGGAUGAAUAGCAACUGCCUGUGAAUUUAGUCAAGACACAGUCUAAGAAUUGGUGAUGUUGGUUAUUGAACCAGACAUUGUACUGAAAAGCAAGUCAUCCAAGAUGAUGUUCCUUAGGAAAAUUAUAAUUUGUUUAUUUUAUUUAUUUAUUAUUUGUAUAGUUUGAUUAGUUUUAAAGCUGGUUAUGUUUCAGAACUUUGAAUUUAGGGACCUCAAGCUAUACACUAGCACAAAUGUACAUAUUUCAGUUAUCUUCCUUAACAGUGUUGCAUUAUACAUACAUAGAUACGUGCAAGACUUUUGUUAUGCAUUUUGUUAGUUUUGCAUAACAUGCGGGCAAGCAGCAUGUUGUCUGGUUGCUGCCAUCUUCCACCACCUCCUCCUACAGUGCACUCGUAAGUUUGAUGCAGGAACACGGUUGCGUCUCUCUCUCUGUGCCAAGAUGUACACACACACCCACCAGUAGGUCUCCCCUGUGUGCAUAUAAAUAGAAGGGAAGAUUCAUCACAUUGGUUCACCUCGACAAGAUGCACAAUUUUGGUCCUUGGAUAUGUUAUGAAUAAGGCCUAUGCUCUUUUUUGUGUACGUGAAAAGCCAAGAAAGUAGGCCUUAUUGUAAUCCUUGCAGGCUCAAAAAUGGAUGAUCCCAGUCUCCAAACAGCGAGGACGAAAUUGCCCAUUCUAGUCCAGUGUAUUGUUAAGACUUUAUUUUGGCUAGUUGGUAGGAGGUAAUUAGGGAAAUGUAGUGUGUCUCAUUUUGUCAGUGUGCUUUUCUACCAGUAUCUUUUGUGUGUAAAAUGUAGGAUUACAUGUAGUAGGAACCAUUCAACACAAGCCAUUCAGUGUGAUUUUAUACAUCCCAAAAAGUAACAUAAUUCUUUAAGCAAGUCAUAUAUGUUGGCAUCAAGCUGAAGAGCCCAAGGGUUAAGGUCACCUGAAUCAGAUCAAGCUUUGUCUGUAUAUAAAUAGUUACAUGGAUGGCUCAGGAGUAAAUCUAUAGAUAUGGGAAACAUCUUAACAUGGAGAUGACAAAAUGUACCACAGCUGUUGGUUCCCCUCAGCAGAACUUUGUGCUCUAAGCAUAGAUAUUCUGGUAUGUUAUAACCUAUAAUAUGUAGAUUGUUCAUCUUUUAUCUAGGUUUCUGUCUCCUUUCCCUUCUUGUCCAGUAUUCAGAAUGGAGAGGUCAGCUAGUGGUACCAACAUAGAAGAGACUUAAUUGUCUACAUUGUCUCUAGCUUGAUAUAUACCUUAUCAGUGUUUACAAUACAAAUUUUCAUUGAAGGAAGUUGUCACAUGCCAAGAACUUGUAUAAAGGCAGACAUAAUACAGUUAAACCCUAUUUUAUCAGACUGUAAUAUAGUAAUACUGAUCUUAUGCCAUGAUCUUAUGCCAAAGAUUGUUUGGGAGGGAUCUUCCUGGACAACUUCUGCCAUACCAAGGACUUGUCCUGUAGCUUAUGGAAGUUAAAUAUUCUUCAUCAUAUUUGUUCCUGUUACUUGACCAAACACUUCAGUUGUACUGUAUGCUUUACACUAAAGCAUUUCUUCUCUACCUUAGAUGUUUUGUUCACGUAAUGUAAGGCAGGUCAGGACUGUGUCUCAUCAAUAUCUGUCAAAAACUAGAUUUUUGGUCAGAGGCAUUUAUGUAAUAUGCCGUAAUAAGAAAAAGAAAUGUGUCUAAGAAGGCAAAGUAUAGUAUUGAAUCAUGGCUUUUCGUUUUAACAGGGAAUGUCCCUUUCUGCUGAAGUGAGGUUUUACUGUAACUGUCAGUCCUUAUUUUACCAAUAAUCUCAUGAGUGAUGGACAUGUGACAAAUGUACAGUGAAGCUCCACUAUAUAGUGUGAAACUCAUCACUGUAGGCCACCAGACCUCUGACUGGCUGGCUGUAGAUGUACCCUGUCCACGUCACUGGUGUGGCACACUCUACCCGGUGCCAAGGACCAAGAGAAUUGCUACUUGGUCAACUGUAGUGGAGAUGCACUGUACAUGUGUAUGUGAAUUAUGUAUUAUGUUAAAAAGCUUAGUUUGACUUGAAUUGUAUGGACAACACUGUCAUCUUAUUAAUUAGUUGAAAUUUGUACCAAAGAUUACUCUUAAAUAUUAAUAUCUCCUUGAGACGGACUUCAUGAUUGGCUGUCUGGGCUACGCCUGCUGCAAGAGAGACAUGCAGCUCCUGAUUCAGAAUUCAAAGUAGACAAUUUAGUUUCUGGUAAAAGUUAUCAAGCUAAAGAAAUUUGUACUCCUGUUCCCUUGAUUUUGUUGUGCUUUAUGUUCCUAGAAAAGUAUAGCAAAUUUUAGAAUGGCUGACAGCAUUCAUCAGAAGAUUAUGAUUGUUUAUCUGUAUAUCUGUAUUAUGUAUGUCAAAAGAUAGACUGUCAUUAUAUUCCUAAAUGGGUCAUUAGGUUUAAACUGUGAUAUACAGUGUAGUAAUGUUUUUGUCUCAUUGUUUAAAAUUGUGUACCUAAAUGUGUUAUUAUAGACACAAUAUAUUGGUAUCACACAACAGUUUGUAACAUGCAAAGUGAGACAUUACUUUUCUACAAUUAGUCUAUGCGUCUUAUUCAUCUGAUAUAUUGUGUAUGGUGUCUUAAGCAUUUUUAUCAGUGUGAUUGAACAUUUUAUGAAGGUGUCCUUAUAGUUGGUGUGGAUGGGACUGAGUACUGCAUAGAUGUGAUGUGUGAGUGGUGGUGUCUGUACAGUUUUGAGUUGCCGUGUUGGGAUCCCAACAUGCACCGUAAGGCGACCCGUGUGGGCUGCUGCAGGGGGCUGGAGGAAGCCACCCUAUCAUUUUAUACGAAAGUUACCAGCCAUCUUGAAUGUUUGGUAUCUCCUGCUCCUCAUUGCACUGGUGAGCAUUUCUCAACAGUCUCCACUUUCAGGACACUAAGUUCAGUAUUAGAAUAUUCAGAUAGGUUUCUAAAUUUUAAGUAUUUUAUCCCAAUUUCCCAUUGCCACUAAAAUUGUCAGGUAUUUGUCGUCCUUGCAGGUGUCAUGUCCCCCUUUCACGGGUACUUGAGAGCUUUCCUGGGGUGGAAUAUCUUGAAUGGCUUUACCCUCUCCCACUUCUAAAUCACAAUGAUAUCACAGUGGUGGAGUGAAUUACCAGUCUAAGUAGACCAUUUCAAAUACCAAUCUGGUUCAUGUGCUAUUUGGCUGUGCAUGUGACCAAGUUGAACUGUCCCUAUUAACCCACUGUUUGAGGGAUGUAAAUAUAAAGUGCACUAGAUUAUAUUGAUUUUAACUUAAAUUAAAUAAGCCAUUGUUGUUUGUUGUUUUAUGCACACAUUGAACAUGGAAAUAGCACAUCCAGCAAUUGGUGAAUCAAAUUCUCAACAAUGUGUCAUGUUCACAUGUUUUAAAAUUACUUUGGAAUAAAGAAACUGUUUGCCAAAUAGCAUUUGGUUAUGUUGAAUCCAGAGAUCCGUCCCAGUGCCCAGGCAACAGACGGCCUUUAUUCAUCCUCCAGCCAUCACUUGAACCUUUCACAGCACCAUUCUAUGAAAGAAAAACUACCUUGUCAUUUGCAGGUCAUAAAUGAGAAGACCUGGAAUGAUUUUAUUGUGUUAUCUAAAGUAAUAAUUUAAAAGUUAAAAUUAAGAGUAAUGAUGGGUAAUUUACAAAGAACCACAUUUCAAAUCACGACUAAAGACCACCACAAUACCCACUGCAUUAGAUUCUUUACUGUGGCUUAUCAAAUACGAGGCACACGUUACUAAGACGCAAUUCCAAAAGUAGUUUUCAAAUUUAAAGUAAUUUUGUACCUAAUUUUCUUAAUCAACAUGGUUUGAAUACAAAAGGAUGAUUAUUUAUUUUGAAAAAAAAAGUGCCAUAACGGAUUAAGUAGCUCCACCUGUGACUAUCAGUACUAGGAAUCACAAUUUUGCUUACGACUCCUGUCUCCCUACGAGGCCCGGCGAGGCGGUGUGGGCGGCCGAGGUGAAUGAAUGCCAAGAGUGAAUGAUGUUCCUUUACUCCAUCAAAUACCUAUUUCAAAUCCACCAAGCUUUGAGCACAGUGUCCAAUUUGUGCUUAUAUUUAGGUUAUUACUAUGGUAUUGUACAUUAGAUUAUUGUAACUCAGUUUCAUAACAAAACACUUCAUUUAACAA